CGCGCUCACUCAGCCUGCAGAGACCGUCGGAGGAGGAUUUAACGCAGAUUUUAGCGCAGAAAAAGUGAAGAUUUCUGCGCAGAAACUUCGAAACUCUGCCGGAGAGACGGUCUGUGCUGACUCACCUGGAUCGACCAAACAGGAGCCUCCUCUGUGCUGUGACCUCACCAGCUGAUACUGAGUCAUUGAUCAGCUAAUACUGGGUUAUUGAUCGGCUGAUAUUGGGUUAUUGAUCACCUUUACCGGCCGACCGAUGGCGGCCUCAGAGCUGAUCCAGGACGAUGAGAAUGUUGGCAUCCACGUGGACGCUAACGUGACCACAGCCGACCCCCCUCCACGCUCCAUCGCCAACGGUAACCCGACCCGCCACGCCCCCUCCUCGCUGCCCCCUGGUGACGGUGUGGACGGCCGAGCUGCAGGUAAACUGAGUAGCCUGCUGAAGCAGAACCAGCUGGUCCGGAACCUCAGCGGUCUGCGGCGGCGCUGCGACUACGUCAAGAUCUCUGUGACGGAGGAACACGCCGACCGCCUGCCCAAGGAGUGGUGGAAGACCGGCGUGGCCUUCCUCUAUGCCACCUUCAACCUCGUCUUCACCACCGUCAUCAUCACCGUCGUCCACGAGAGGGUCCCCGACAAGUCGGUGAGCCCGCCGCUGCCCGACAAGUUCUUCGACUACGUGGACCGAGUGCCGUGGGCAUUCACCGUCACCGAGGUCAACGGGCUCAUCCUCUGUGGACUCUGGUUGGUGCAGUGGAUCUCCCUCAAACACCGAGCCAUCAUCGGCCGUCGCUGCUUCUUCCUCAUCGGGACUCUCUACAUGUAUCGCUGCGUCACCAUGUACAUCACCACACUGCCGGUUCCUGGGAAACACAUGGUCUGCGCUCCAAAGCUCUACAAUGACUCGACAGGGAAGAUCUGGAGGAUUCUGAGGCUGAUCUCUGGAGGAGGUUUGUCUCUGACCGGCUCCCACCUGAUGUGUGGAGACUUCCUGUACAGUGGACACACUGUCAUGCUGACGCUGUCCUACCUGUUCAUCAAGGAGUACUCUCCACCCUGGAUGUGGUGGUAUCGCUGGAUCUGCUGGCUGCUCAGCGCCUCUGGAGUUCUCUGCAUCCUCAUCGGACACGAACACUACAGCAUUGACGUUGUCAUCGGAUACUUCGUCACCACCAGGACCUUCUGGUGGUACCACACCAUGGCCAACACACAUGCGCUGCGUCACGCGCCCAACAACUUCCUGUCCAGAACCUGGUGGAACCCCGUCUUCAACUUCCUGGAGCGGAACGUUCAGACGACGAUUCCUGUGGUGUUCUCGUGGCCGGUGGCGUUUCCGGCCUGCAGGCAACGCUACCGGAUCGUAGAGGGAGGAAGGGACGAGUGAGGAGACCCAAUGGGACGGACGGUUAUUUAUCGGAACCAGGAGGAACCAGAACCGUGGUACUAUGUUUACACCUUGAGCAGCAUUCAUCAGAAACUGAACUACCAGAGAUCAGUUUCCUCACCAGCUAAAAGCUAACUGGCUAACUACGCCACACACCCAGUUAGCCUCAUGCUACAUCAGAAACCAUCUUUUUUGAGCAGUAAUGCCAACAGAAUUAUGGAAAUCUGUUUAGCAUCUAU